CAGAGCUGGAAGAAUGAAAAUGAGACUGAAGUCAAGUUUGAUUAACUUGAAAUCAAAGCUUUCAAGAUCAUGCAACAGGUUCAUCUCCUUCUUCCAUGCUCGAACUCGCAAUGUCAAUACCACACAAUCUUCUUCCUCUACGCUGUUGUCUUGUCUCUGUUUUCUCAGUACUAAUGAGGAACCGAGGAUGAGCCAGAUCAGACCCAGAAGUUCCCCAUCUAGUGUGAUCGAUAAUCCGAAGCCUAUGCAUUCAAGAAAGAUGGUUCCUUUGGCUGUGACCCAAAUGAACAAGAAACCGAGGACGAGUCAAAGAGAUGUGUCAAAAGAAGAUGAUGUGAAAGAGGCUUGCAGAAGCUUCGAGAACUAUAUGAUUCAUGAGAUCGUUGAAGAAGGGAGAAUUGAUGACUUGAUGGACAUGGAAGAGCUUCUCUUCUACUGGAAAAAUCUCAGAAGUCCUAUCUUCAUUGAUCUUGUGACUAGAUUCUAUGGAGAGCUCUGCACAGACUUGUUUCCAAGCGUCAAUGACGGUUAA